CCUCCCUUCCUGGGAAAGUGUGAAGUCCUAGUUCCUGGGUACAUGUAUCUGUGGCAUUUGCAUAGGCAUAGGCUGUCUAUGUAAAUAUCCAAGGUACUUCAGGAUCUGAGAGUCUAGCAUUGUCUGAGAGGCAGUAAGUGUCCAUUAUAUGCUUCCCAGCCCCUUCUCCAGAGAGCUCUGCACCAACAGCAUGAUGCUUUCUCUUCCAUUCAUUUUAUAUUUGUAUCUCUUGGCUCCAUGUUAUUGGGCUUUCAUAUGCCAGAACACGGAGCCUUCUUCUGAAUUCAGGAUGGAUGGGGAUUACACGAUUGCAGGAUUUUUCAGACUGCAUAGCUACUCAACAACAGAGAAAUCUAGACCGGAAGUUGACAUAUGUGACAGAGUGGCCUCUGUAAACAGCCAUGGCUACCACCUGUUCCAAGCCAUGAGAUUCGCCAUCGAGAAGAUAAACAACUCCAGCAGCCUCCUCCCCAAUGUCACUUUGGGCUACGAGAUCUACAACACAUGCUCAGAAUCUGCCAACAUGUACGCAACGCUGAGUAUCCUUGCCCAGAGCAGGCAGCACCAUGUGGAAGUGCUCAGCAACUUCACACACUACCAGCCCAAGGCUGUGGCUUUGAUAGGGCCAGACAGCAGCCACUUUACCCUCACCACCGCAGCUAUCCUGAGCAUCCUCCUUAUGCCAGAGAUUAGUUACGAAGCCUCCAACGAGAUGCUGAGCCUGAAGCGUGCCUACCCCUCGUUCCUGCGCACCAUUCCCAGCGACAGGGUGCAGGUCGAGGCUGUAGUGCUGCUGCUGCAGGAGUUCCGGUGGAACUGGAUUGCGAUGGUGGGCAGUGAUGAUGCCUAUGGCAGGAAUGGGAUAAAGACCCUGCACGAGGUGGUGGCUAAGAAUGACAUCUGUGCUGCCUACCAAGGAAUCAUCCCCACGAAGGGGGGUGCCAGUAGCCCAGAGCUGAAGGAGAUGGUUAGAGUCCUUGUGAGGACUGGGGUCAACGUCACUGUCGUCUUCUCCGAUGCGGACAGCGCUAAAGACUUCUUUGACAUGGUGGUUCAGGAGAAUGUGACGGAGAAGGUGUGGCUGGGCACUGAAGCAUGGUCUCUAGCCUCAGAAGUCUGGAGCAUCCCCGGCAUCCACAGUAUCGGCACAGUGAUUGGGUUGUCAGUCAAGCAGGCAAAGCUUCCAGGAUUGGAGGAAUUUGAAUCUGCCCAUGUGAAUUCAGAGAAAAGUAACAUAGCCACGUGUGCCCCUGAUUUGGGUGCUGAUGGGAGGGGUGGCGGGAGCAGCAGCAAUGAGAGCACCAGCCAAGGCUGCAAUCAGAUCUGCACAAGGUGCCACUCACUCACUUCAGCGCCCCAGACAUUUGACAUUUGGACAUCCUUUAACGUGUAUUCGGCGGUGUUUGCUGUGGCCCACGGCCUGCACCACUUGCUGGGUUGCUGCUCAGGAGCGUGCAGCAAGGACAAAGUCUAUCCCUGGCAGCUCCUGGAAAAAAUCAAGCAGGUGAAUUUCACUCUGCAGAAGAGCCAGGUGUAUUUUGAUGCCAAUGGGGAUCCCCUGACGGGCUACGACCUUGUCAUGUGGAAGUGGACUGGCCAGACCUGGUCUUUUGAUGUAAUUGGAUCUUUCCUCCAAAACCCAGACAGACUGAACAUUGGCCAGGCUGGACUCCUGUGGCAUACAAAGGAUAAUCAGGUGCCUGUGUCCACUUGCUCAAAGGUGUGCGUAAAAGGAGAGAAGAGGAUGCAGGUGGGGUUUCACGAAUGCUGCUUUGACUGCGUCGCCUGCCCCACAGGAACUUUCCUGAACAGUAGUGACCUCUACAAUUGCCAGCCCUGUGGGACAGAUCAGUGGGCCCCAGUGAGGAGUGAAAUCUGCUUCAAUCGGACCACUGAAUUCCUGUCCUGGGCUGACCCCGUCUCCUGUGCCCUGCUGACUGGCAUCACCCUGCUGCUGCUGCUGCUGGCAGGGACAGCUGCCCUCUUUGCCCGGAACCUCACCACGCCAGUGGUCAAGUCGGCAGGCGGGAGAAUGUGCUUCCUCAUGCUGGGCGCUCUGAUCUGUGCCUGCUGCAGCCUCUACUGCUACUUUGGGGAGCCCACCUGGCACACGUGCCUGCUGAGGCUGCCCGUCUUCUCCAUCAGCUUCACCAUUUGCCUCUCGUGCAUUGCAACCCGCGCCUUCCAGAUCCUCUGCAUCUUCAAACUGGCCUCUAAGUGGCCUGCCUUCUAUAGAGCCUGGAUGAGGCACAAUGGACCAAACCUGUUCAUCGGAGCCUGCACAGCCGCCCAGGUGGUGAUGUGCCUGGUCUUACUCAGCACCAAUCCCUCAGUGCCCAGGAAGGACUACACGACGUUUAUGAUGCUGAUCAUCUUCCAGUGCUCGGAAGAUGACGCUAUAUGGGGACUGCUCUACAACACAGUGCUCAGUAUCUGCUGCUUUGUCAUCAGCUACAUGGGGAAGGACCUGCCUGAGAACUACAAUGAGACCAAGUGCAUCACCUGCAGCCUGCUUAUCAACUUUGUCUGCUUCAUCUGCUUUCUCACCACCUAUGUCUUCUACCAGGGCAAGUACCUGGUGGCCAUCAUGGUGCUGUCCAACCUGACCAGCCUCUCCGGGAUCUUUGGAGGGUACUUCCUCCCCAAAGGCUACAUCAUCCUCUUCCGAGCAGAGCUCAACACUACUGAGCACUUCCAGAUGUCAAUCCAGAGUUACACCACGAAGAGGAGCUCGGACUGAGCCCACGGGCGGGG